AGUCAAGCAAUCCUCAUUCCUAAGAGUCCGCUAAACCAAAAACCCCCCGCUGCCAUGGAAAACACAGCUCCUUCAAACAACAGCAACAGCCCAUGUAAAAAGCAGAUCUUCAUCCUAUCAGGGCAGAGCAACAUGGCGGGCCGCGGCGGCGUCGACCGGCGGCACCACCAUUGGAACGGCGUCGUUCCUUUGGAGUGCCAGUCCGACCCCUCGAUCCUCCGCCUGAGCGCCAAUCUCCACUGGGAGACCGCCCACGAACCUCUCCACGCCGACAUCGACACCAAAAAAACCUGCGGCGUGGGCCCCGGCAUGUCCUUCGCCAACGCCGUAAGGGAGCGCGUGGGGCUGGUGGCUCUGGUGCCGUGCGCGGUGGGCGGCACCGCCAUAAAAGAGUGGGCGCGUGGGCAGCACCUCUACGAGAACAUGGUGAGGAGGGCCAAGGCGAGCAUGUCGGUCGACGGCGAGGGCGAGAGCGAGAUCAGGGCGUUGCUGUGGUUCCAAGGAGAGAGCGACACAUCGACGCAACAUGAUGCGGCGGCGUACCAGGGGAACAUGGAGAAGCUCAUUCAGAAUGUUCGUCAGGAUCUUUGUCUUCCUGAUCUUCCAAUCAUCCAGGUAGCACUUGCGUCGGGGGAUAAGAAGUACUUGGAGAAAGUGAGGGAAGCACAAUUAAGCAUCAACAUUCCCAAUGUCGUGUGCGUGGAUGCUAAGGGAUUGCAGCUUCAAGAUGACAAUCUCCAUCUCACAACCGAGGCCCAGGUUCAGUUGGGCUCUAUGCUGGCUGAAUCCUUUCUCUCCAACUUUGGAACAACAUUGCAAUCUGAUGGUGUUGGUUCCCAUUCUUCGGCUUGAUAUGAUGACGAUUAUUGGUGUGAGAAGUACACGUGUCUGAGAUUUAUGAACUAGUCAUUGUGAUGCUUCUUUCUUUGAUCGCCUCGUUGUUGUUGUUAUUGAAUCAAUUUAUAUUUGGUUCUUCUGUUA